AUGGACAAUUUAGCAGGUCCAGACAUGUUAAUCGACGGCUAUGAUCAGUACACCCAGCAGGAUGCCGAGGUGGUCGACAUACAACCUGACGGUGCUGAGGAUACGCAGGAUGAAGCUCCUCUACGUGCCGACGAUUAUGAGGCUAUGAAAAAGCAUGUCUUUCCUCCUCUUGAUGACCUGGAAGUCGAAGCAGACACAUACAAUACAUGGCACAUACAAGAUUGGCAACAUUUAAGCAAAAGAGAACGUGGGCCUAUUUUCGAAUGUGCCGGCGCUCCCUGGCGUGUCUUGUUCUUCCCUCACGGCAAUUCCGUCGAUUGUGUAUCUUUCUACCUUGAGCAUGGGUACGAAAACGACCCUCCUGCCGAUUGGUAUGCCUGUGUACAAUUUGCCUUAGUGCUUUACAAUCCACUUGACCCUACCAUAUUCAAAAUUCACACCGCAAAUCACCGCUUCAAUGCUAAAGAGGCGGAUUGGGGCUUCACGAGAUUCGUUGAGCUGAGAAAGGCUUUCGUCCAGCCAUGGGAGAACCACGACAGGCCCCUGAUCGAAAACGACGAGGCAAAGAUGACUGCCUACGUCCGUGUCAUAAAAGAUCCCACUGGUGUGCUAUGGCAUAAUUUCGAUGGCUACGAUUCCAAGAAAGAGACCGGAAUGAUUGGUCUCAAGAACCAGGGCGCAACCUGCUACCUCAAUUCCUUGUUACAAUCCCUAUACUUCACAGAUGCCUUCCGCAAGGCUGUAUAUCAAAUACCUACUGAUGCCGAAGCCUCCCGAGGAAAUAGUGCUUGGACUUUACAACGCUUAUUCUAUCGUCUCCAAAAAGAUCGCAACGCUGUUUCCACAAAUGAGCUGACCGGAUCCUUUGGAUGGGACACUAGGCAGAUUUUCGAGCAACAAGACGUCCAGGAGCUCUCGCGUAUUCUGAUGGACAAGCUCGAGACCCGCAUGAAGGGUACCGCGGCCGAGAAAGCCUUACCAGAACUUUUUGUCGGAAAGACUAAAACAUACAUCGAAUGCAUUAAUGUGAACUUCGAGUCGUCGAGGAUAGAAGAGUUCUGGGAUAUUCAGCUCAACGUCAGGGGCAACAAGAACCUCGACGAGAGUUUCAAGGACUACAUUCAAGUCGAAACUCUGGAAGGUGAGAACAAGUACGAUGCUGGUCCUCCAUAUGGUUUGCAGGACGCCAGAAAAGGUGUCAUCUUUGAGGAAUUUCCUCCUGUGCUACAUCUUCAGCUGAAACGAUUCGAGUACGACAUUAAUCGUGACGCUAUGAUGAAAGUGAAUGACCGUCACGAAUUUCCGGAACAAAUCGAUCUCUCGCCCUACUUAUCGCCUAACGCCGACAAAUCUGAAGCAUGGGAGUAUCAGCUGCAUGGUGUCUUGGUCCACAGUGGUGACUUCAAUGCUGGCCACUACUAUGCAUUUCUCAAGCCAACUCAAGACGGUCACUUUUACAAAUACGACGACGAACGAGUUACCAGAGCAACCAUGAAGGAGGUUCUAGAGGAGAACUAUGGAGGGGAGUAUGCCUCCUCCUUGAAUGGUGUGGCUCAGAGGCAGCCUUACAUGCGAGGAACCUCAACCAAACGAUCCAUGAACGCCUACAUGCUGGUCUAUAUCCGAAAGACCAGGGUCGACAAGGUAUUAUUUGGCGUUCAAGAUCACGACAUACCUUCGCACAUUGAGCAGCGCAUCUCGGAAGAGAAGGCGGAGCUCGAGCGUCGGAGGAAAGAAAAAGAGGAAGCUCAUCUCUAUCUCAAUCUUGGCCUGAUAUCUGACAAAUCCUUCAUGCAACAUCAUUGGUUUGAUCUCACAAACUAUGAAGCUGACGUUAACGACCCAUCAGCUGUCACUGUGAAGCGCGUCCUUCGUGCUAAGAAGGUGGAAGAAUUCGCUGCUGAGGUUGCAGAAGAGCUGGAUGUUUCCGCCGACCAAGUUCGUUUCUGGGUAAUGGUUGGGCGACAAAACAAGACGAAUCGACCAGAUCAGCCCAUUAGGAAUGACAUGACAAUGGAAGAAGCCUGGCAUAGACACUCUUCGAAAGGGAAACCAUUUUAUCUCUGGGCUGAAACCCGAGCAAGAAACAAGUCCACUGGCAAAGUCGAAUGGCCUGACGUUAGUGGCGAUAGCAUCGCUAAGAAUGGAGGAAACCAUCCGAUCCUGGUGUUCCUGAAAUACUUUGACAUUAACAAACAGACUCUGACUGGAAUGGGCCAUGUAUACGUCAAUAAGAACGAUAGAGUCUCGGAACUUUUCACUCACAUCAGAGAAAUGAUGCAAUGGAACGACAACAGAGAUAUAUCGUUGUAUGAGGAGAUCAAGUUCUCCAUGAUUGAGACCAUGAAGUCGAGCAAUACAUUUGGUCAAUCAGAAAUUCAGGAUGGUGACAUUAUCUGCUUCCAGGAGAACGAGAGGAAUCCUGGAAUUGACCUCGACCAUGUAAUCUACCACAACGCGCGAAUGUAUUACGACUACCUACUGAACAAAAUACCUGUGGCCUUCCAUCCACGACCAAGCACCUCUGGAGACAUCUUCACCCUCGAUCUAAGCAAGAAAAUGUCAUAUGACCAGUUCUCAGACAAGGUCGGUCAGCAUCUCGGCAUACUAGGUGACCACCUUCGAUUCGCUACCGUCAAUGCCACAAAUGGUAAGCCAAAAUCUUGGGUCAAGCGAAAUCUUCAGCAGAGUCUGAGCCAGAUAUUGACCUCCCAAUUUACUGCAUAUGGUGCCUACUCACAACAUCGGAGUGAUGCGUUGUAUUACGAGAUACUCGAAGUCAGUCUCCAGGACUACGAGACAAAGAAGAUCAUGAAGCCGAUCUGGCUCCAUGACGGCAUAGUCAAAGAAGAACAACUUGAAAUACUAGUGCCGAAGCAAGGCAUUAUCGAUGAUCUCAUCAGCGGAAUCAUGCGGAAGCUGAAGAUGUCAGACGAAGUUGAUCCUCGCAGAAUUCGAAUUCUCGAAGUCGCAGCUGGCAAGAUAAGUCGAGUGUUAGCCGGAGACCACAAUGUAGGUGUGAUCAAUGAGUUUACCUCGCUAUAUGGCGAGUUGAUACCCGAUGAGGAGAUAAAUAUGGACGAUGAGGACAUAUCGGUUUAUUGCUAUCAUUUCGAUAAGGAACCCGGCAAACCACACGGUGUGCCCUUCAUCCUAGUAGUCAAACCUGGCGAGACGUUCAAGGACACGAAAGAGAGGAUAAGUAAGAGGACGGCUAUCAAAGGCAAGUUGUUCCAGAACAUCAAGUUUGCAGUCGUGCCAAAAUCGCCCUACGCAAAGCAAGUGCGCUAUCUAGAAGAUGAUGACAUCCUAGCAGACAGGCUGAGCGAUGGCGACAGUCUAGGUCUUGACCAUGUCAAUAAGACGAAAAGUUUCUGGGGUAGAGCUGAGGGAAUGUUCAUCAAAUAG